AUGAGCAGUGACUUCUGCAAAGAAAGGCAACCUGGUUUGUUUGGAGAGGGUUGCUCCCCCAAUGUGACCGUCUGCAACUCCUUUGGCAAAGAGAUAUCUCUGAUUUGCCCAUUUGAGCUGGUCUUCGACGAGGCUGUUGAGGAGUGCGUUGACUACCGAAUGAGUCCGAACUGCACGUCGGAGGACGAGCGGGCAUUGAAUGAAACAAUGAAGACACUUGCAGAUCUGCCGAUUGGGCUGUGCGAAAACUCAUCAGAAGGUUUCCAUGCUUUAACAGAUUGUUCUGCGACUGUUAUUCGUUGUAUCUUAGGGAAGCCUAGUCUUAUGGAAUGCCCUAACGGACAAGUCUACGAUGAAGAGAAGUCUCAGUGCGUUGACCCAUCAGAAUUGGAUUCGUGCAAUUCUUCCGAAGAAGAAGUUACGACUGACUUCACUACUGAGGACUCGUCCAGCUCACGACCGGUACUGGGAAAUGCUCCAGGAGGAUGCGAAUACCUGGCCGAUGGAUUCUAUGAGUAUGUGAACUGUUCGUCUUACUACAUGACUUGCUCUGGUGGCAUAGCACGCAUUAUGAGAUGUCCAGAGGACUUGGUUUAUGAUAGAUCAUUUGGUGUAUGUAAUUUCGCAAGAGACGUGGGCGAAUGUGGUGCUCAAAUCGAGACAGCUACUGAAAUGUGCAAAAACGACGGCUUCUUCUCGUACGGAAACUGCUCGGAUUUAUUCUACGCAUGUACAAAUGGACGUCAGAUUACUAUGCAUUGUCCUGCUAAUCUGGUAUUCGAUGAGGCAAAGCAAUCAUGCGAGUAUCCUGAAACUGUCGAUAUAUGCUCUGGAAAUUCAAAUGGAAGUUCCGGAGACGAGUCUGGCUUUGGUGAAGCUUCUGGAGAAGAAUCUGGGUCUGGCGAAGUUUCAGGAGAGGAGUCUGACUUCCGUGAAAUUUCUGAAGAGGGCUCCGCCGCCUCUGGAGAAGAAUCUGGUUCCGGUGAAAUUUCUGGAGAAGAAUCCGGCUCCACCGAAGCUUCUGGAGAAGAAUCUGGGUCUGGCGAACUUUCAGAAGAGGAGUCUGGCUCCGGUGAAAUUGCUGAAGAGGGCUCCACCGAAGCUUCUGGAGAAGAAUCCGGCUCUGGAGAAGUCUCAGGAGUGGGAUCUGGUUCCGGCGAAGCAUCUGGAGAAAGAUCUCUAAGAAGUUUGAAGGAAUUUGGAGAAGUUUCAACAGAGGAAUUGAGCUCUACUGCAAAAACCUUAGCGGGAGAAUUCGCUGGCGAGAUAUCUGGCGAAUUUUCUGGCGAAAUCUCAGGAGAGUUUUCCGAGGCUUCAAGUGAUUCGUCAUCCGGUGAAGUAUCUGGUGAGCACUCUGAACACGCUUCUGGCGUAUUUUCUGGCGAAGCAUCGGGCGAAUUUUCUGGCGAAUUUUCUGGUGAAUUCUCUGGUGAAGCAUCGGGCGAGUACUUGGGAAACGCAUUAGCAGCGUUUUCGGGCGAGUUCGCAGGAGAAUUCUCGGGGACGGCAACAGGCGAUUUUGCAGGUGAAGCUCAAGGGCACUUCCGCGGUGGAGCCGCAGGAGGGAUCUCAGGCGAUUUCAGUGGUGAGGCCGAGGGCCAUUUCUCCGGCCAGUUUUCAGGAGAAUUCUCUGGUGAAGCUGCAGGACAACAAAUUUCACGUCAGUUCUCUGGUGAAACGAUCGAAGGAGAAUUCUCUGGCGAGCUUUCUGGCAGAUUCGUUGGAGACUUUUCAGGAGAAGCUUCAGGCGAGUUUUCUGGGGAAUUCUCUGGCGAACUCGCAGGUGAAUUAGCUGGAGAAAUGUCUGGCGAUUUUUCCGGAGAAAUGGCAGGAGAAGUAUCGGGAGAAUUAUCUGGAGAAAUCACACCAAGUGAAGGUUCGGAAGAUGUGGAAGCAUCUGGGACAUCGGGAGAAUCAUCCGCUGAUGGCUCUGGUGAGUCGUCUGGAGCCCACGAAACGACUACGCCGUUUUAA